UGGAAGAUAACAUCCGCGUUGAGGGAAAAAGGCAGGAAAAAAAAGGGAAAACGAAUCAAAGCCGCAUAACAAUAUCAGAGGAGGGAGAUAAGAGUCUAAAUCGACCACCAUCAGCGCUGACGUCCAGCGUUGGCAGGAGCGAGCAGUUUCCUCCGGCUCUCAGCAUCCAAUUACAAUGGACGAGGAGCUCAGCCUGUGUGGACUCUAAACCGCUGCCCAGUCAGGAGCGAGUGGAAACAGCGCAGCGGAGGGAGGCAAAACAAUGCUUAGGCUCAUUUGUCUGCAGUGAUUCAAAGUGGGAUUCAUCUUUUUUGAUUUUUUGGUUUUUAUUUCUUGUUUUUCUGCCGCUCGAGCAAGUGGGGGACACUGCUGCCAAGAUCAAGUCCACGCACGCAGGGAAACGGUUUUGCCUUUGCAGGUCUACUGUAAAACCGCCAUGGUGCUCUUGAGGUUCUCAAGACUCGUCCUAAUGAUCGUGGCCCUCGUCCCUCGACCAUCUGUGGGAUGCCCCUCCGGCUGUCGCUGCUACAGCCUCACAGUGGAGUGUGGAUCUCUUGGGGUCAAAGAAAUCCCACAGGGUGUCUCCUCUGUCACCGAGACCAUCUUCCUCCAGGACAACGCUAUAGUGCAGAUCCGUCUUCAGGAUCUGACUCGCCUUGGCAGCCUCCAUUACCUCUACCUUCAAAAUAAUAGCAUCUCAGCCCUGGAGCCUGGCGCGUUUCUCAGCCAAGGGCAGCUGCUGGAGCUGGCCCUCAACGGCAACCUCAUCCACCUAGUCACCCCGGACAUGUUUCGGGGUCUGGAGCACCUCCGGAUCCUGUACCUCGCUGGGAACCAGAUCACUCGAGUGCAGGACCACACCUUCAGGGGGCUGCAGCGUCUGCAAGAACUGCACUUGCAGGAAAACAGCAUAGAGCUGCUGGCAGAGCAAGCUCUGUCUGGCUUGUCAUCUCUGGCUCUGCUGGAUCUCAGCAGAAAUCACCUCCGCACUCUGGGAGCCUCGUCCCUCAAACCGCUCGUGAGCCUGCAGGUGCUCCGUGUCACAGAGAACCCAUGGCGCUGUGAUUGUGCACUGGGCUGGCUGCGAACCUGGAUCAGUGAAGACGGACAGCGUCUGUUGAGCUCUGCUGAACAGCGUCGGCUGAUGUGCUCUGAACCGCCUCGCCUCUCUCACCUCAGCCUGGUGGAGGUGGCUCCUAACAGCCUGGUCUGUAUCCCACCCGUGGUACAGCUCGAGCCCAGUCAUCUAACUGUGCGACUAGGGGAGAGCCUCCGAGUCUCCUGCCAGGCCUCGGGAUACCCACAGCCUCAGGUGACCUGGAAGAAAGCCUCCCAUGGCAAGGCCCAGUUAUCACCCCGAGGCCUGGUGCAAGAGCUGGGACCUAAUGGUGAGCUCUUCAGGCCUGCGGCUGGAGGAGUGGUGACAGCCCUGCCCAGCAGUGGAGGGAUCAAGGUUGGAGGUGUUGGAGGAAUCCAGGGGCUUGUGCGUGGGACUGAGGAAGGCGGUGAGAGGGACAGCUUUGAUCCGGACAUGGGCAGCGGCAUGCUGUUCCUCAGCAAUGUGACUGUAGCGCAUGCUGGGCGCUAUGAGUGUGAAGCCUGGAACCCUGGUGGUGUAGCCAGAGUUACCUUUCAUCUGGCUGUCAACAUGUCCUCCUCUUCAUAUUCCUCCCAGUUCUGGCCUCGUAUGAACAUGCACUCCUUUGUUUCCUCUUCAUCUAACUCCUUCUAUCAGCCAGAGGUUCUGGAUGUUAGCCAGGAGCUGCUCUACGAACAGGACAGCAUGGACUUCUACGCUCUUGGCCCUGCUACUCAGACCGCAAUUGCUGUUGGCAUCUCCUUGCUGGCGCUCACUGCCGUCCUCCUUUUGAUUAUGAUCUACACUCGUCACCAGCAGUACCGCAAAGAAGAGGGCGGCUCCUACUGCACCAGCAAAGAAGAGAGCAUACUCUAUGUGAAUGACUACUCUGAUGGACCCACCACUUUUGCGCAGCUGGAGGAGUACCGUGACGACCACGGCCACGAGAUGUACGUACUCAACAGAACCAAGCCUGUCCUGGGCUCCACUUCAUCCAGGUGUCCAAUGAUGAGUGGGUUCGUCCAGCAGAAGGGGAUGAAGGAGGCUCUCCUGGACCACGAAAUGGUGCAGACACUGACCAGAUCGGGGGGACUGGGGCUCCGCAGAAAUCCAGCAGAUGGAGGAGAGGGCCCGCUAACAACAGACCCAGAGGAGCUCUUCCUCAGUCAGAGUCUCCUCUUCGGAUCACAGGUUGCUUACGAGAUCCACUGCUAAGGGGUUUGAAUUGUGUUUUAACAUGAAAUGUUGAUGGACUUAAUUAAAGACAUUAAAGGAAAUCACCUUGGUGCAAUGGUUUGAAGCAUCAGAUUAUUAUGUGGUCUUCAAAAGAGGAGGGAGUGUCAGUUAGUGGUUGCUGAGGAUCGCAAUCAGCCUCUCAGAGAUCCUCAUCUGAUAGAUUGUAUGGCAUUAAGAUGGGUCAGAGUGGUGAACAGUGAUAAUUAGGAAAAAAGUAACCAUACCUGUCUGUCUCCAAAUCAACCCUUUAAAGAUAAUUACAAGUGGCUAACUUUAUCUGAAACAGUUUUUAUGACAGUUCAUCUAAAUCCUGACAAAGAGGCUGAGACUGUGCAGCACACGGUGGCAACUAACAAUGUGGAUUAAAACAGUGACUCGUAUUUUGUACUUCUUUCUUUCUUUGGGUUUUGUUUUGUGUGUUUUGUCAGUGUUUUGUGUGAAUAUAAUGAAGCUAAUUUUCACUGUGAAGUACAGUUGUUCUGUGGACUCUGGUGCAGAUCCGUUAGAAUUAGACCUAAACAGAUCCUCUUACUGAAACUACAUUGUCAUUACCCAUAUGUGUGAGUGGGUGUGGGUGGGUGGAUAUAUUUGAAGAGGUUCAUUUUGAAUGGAGCAGCAAGCCUUUUUUCUUUUUUUUUUUUUUUUUUUUUUACA